CCCCAACCCAACCCCGACCCACCAAUGUGAGGCUCUCGUUUUCCCCAAACAGCAUGGCCCCUACUACUAAGACUCUGUUAGAGAAAAGACCAUGAAGAAAAGGCAAGAGCUUCAAGGCCAUGACCAAGAUCAGCUUGAAAUCCUCAAGGCUGUGGCGCAGGCUUGGCAUGGUCAUUCUGUGAGUAACAAUAGACCCACCAAUGAGUUUGAUGCGUACAAGAGGAAUUUCAAGAGCAAGCCCAGUAGGUUCAAGCUUGAAGCCAUCAGCAAGUCUUCGUCCAAUGACCCUACUGCUCCCUCUGCAAGGUGGGAUUUUGGGCAGUCUCUUUGGGAUUCAUACGAGAUUGUGACAGUGUCCAAAAGGUUGGAGGUGGGACUAGUGUUGGAAGACCCCUUCCAAGAUUCAUACCAACCAAGAGUUGUUAGGAGACGUAGGGAGAGCAAGAACAGCCUUAGGAAUUUGUUCACUCGGGUGUCUUCUAAGAGGUUUAAAGAGACUGAUAUUCCUCCCGAGUCCUGAGGAUGAAGCUCAGUUUUGAUCUUCUCUGUAACUUGCUUUGCCAUCUCCGUUAUCAGUUCAAUGUGAUUGUUUGAAUUCCAUUUUCCCAUAUUUUUUCUCUGUUAAUUUCAAAAGGAAAAAGGCAAAAAGAAACAAGCCUGUUUUGCAGUCAAUGUACUGUGAUGUGUACUAAUAUAUAUAUUUUUUGUCUCUCUUCACAUGUUUCAGAGUCAUGGGCAUGGUGACUUACAGCUGAUUUCUUUGUCUAUUUUGUGAUUGUCAAGAAGUCUUAAAACCUUGGGUUCUUGUUAAAAGGUCUGUAUGCUGUUGUUAUUCAUUUAUUACCCCAUAAUUGAUCAUCAGAACUAUAUUUUGUACA